AAGAAACGAAGAUAAACGAAAAAGCGCUCAUAGGCUAAGAAAAAGGCAUUUUGGUUUUGUAAAAUGGCGUUACUUUAAGUAAGUACACUAAGCCAUCGGCCGUCCAAACUUUCUAUGUAAACCGGAAGUUACAGUUUCUAUGUGGGCGCUGUUAUUGCUAGGCGACCCAGAGAUUGACAAAAAGAUAAAGUUCAUCGAAUGGGGUGCAGUGAAUCAAUCCAAAGAGAAGUUUUCGUUACUCGCUCACAUCGCAAGCAAACGAUUCUUAACUGGGACCUUGAAUCAGCUCGCCUUCAUAAGAUUGUCAACGCUAUUGGAACAGAUGAGAAUGCAGUCAUACAAAUUCUUGCCACUUUCAAAUGCUCCGAAAGACAAAGAAUUAUACUGGCUUACAAGAAGACAUACGGAAAGGAUUUAAUAAGUGUUUUGGAAAGUGAAUUGAGCUUGGGAUAUCAGGAAGCAGCAACAGCUUUACUAUACAGACCUGAAGUAUAUGAUGCAAAGUCUCUACAUCAGGCAAUUGAAGAUCAUGAAAAUGAUACUCUUAUUGAGAUUAUCUGUUCAAGGAAAACUCUUGCCAUUGAAAUGAUAAGAGAGGCAUACCAAGAAGAAUUUACUUGUUCACUAGAAAAUGACCUUCUUAGUAUUCAGGAUCAAGACUUGAGAGAACUCUUGAUCAAGUUCUGUACCAUAAACACAGAGGGAGUGAGAUCAAAAGCAGACCGUACAGCAGCUCAAGAAAGGGCAAUUCGCCUACACAGUUAUGGAGAUCUUGUUGAACUUUUGUGUGAACCUUUGGGAAGAAAUCAACUGAAAGCAACUUUUGAAGAACUGGAAACCCUAUAUAUGAAGCCUAUUGAUGUUUACAUUGAUAAUCAGUACAAAGGAAAGUCAUUGGAUUUCAGACGUGCGCUUAAAGCAUAUGUCGCCUGUACCAUUAGUCCACCAGCAUUUUUUUGCAAAGAAUUAAACAAGGCAUUGGAGAAAAAUAGUCGGUCCAAAAAAGUGUUGAGAAUAGUAAUUACAAGAUCUGAGACUGAUCUCUAUUACAUAAUAAGAGAAUAUCUCAGCUGCUACUCCAUCCAACUAACUAAAGCCAUCCAGAAAAAAUGUCUGCCACACUAUACACAUCCACUCAAGAUUAUACUUGCUAUACGUGGACAGUACCAAGAGUCUGCUGUAAGGAUGUAGCCAUGCCAGACACUCGUACAUAAUGUAUGUGUCCAUAAUAAUGUAGAAUGACAUGAUGAGGCAAUCUACAGUUAGUACUUAUAGUACAAAAUAUCAUGCAUCAAUGCAUGCAUAUGCACCUAAUAUUUCAAAAAUUGAUGUCAGUCGAAGAUGUGAAAUGAGCAAUCUGAGACUAAACAUAUUUUUUGUACCUUUUUUGGUUUCUGGCUGAAAUAUGAAACACCUCCUUUCUAACUGAAAGGUCAUGCUUCAUAUUCAAGGACACUAUGUUGCUCGGUUGUGAAUACAUUAUAAUUAUUUGAAGGGUGCUACUGGGUCUCAGAUUUUAGAUCUUUGACCGACAUUAAUGAAUUAAUUUAAAUCAAAAAAAGAAGUAAAGUGCAAACAAUAUAACCGUGAAACUUUAGUAAUACUAAAUAGCACAAUUUUAUGCAAA